UUAUUAAACACAGCACAUUAUUUGAACUUAAAUCGCUCAUUUUGGUUUAGGUACUGCGUUUUUGACUUGUUUCUCUCUAUAUGUGUAUAGCUAUAACUAUGGGUAUAAUUUCGGGACGUUAUAGAGAUUGAUGCACGAGUGGAAAGGAUAGUAGAUCAGAGAUGGCGGAGGUAUCCGGCGACGGAAGUGUUAGAGCGACGCCGGAGCUGAGUUCAGAUGAAAGGAGUAGCAAUGCGCGGCCAAGCGCGGCCCCGAUGCCGUCGUUCAAGGAGGUGAGCAAAGGUUCAUCGCGGCGGAGGGCAUCGUUCCGGCCUAGUUUGGACUCCGAUGACUUCAUAAACCUGCUCCACGGCUCGGAUCCAGUGAAGUUAGAGCUCAAUCGCCUCGAAAAUGAAGUCAGAGAUAAGGAAAGGGAAUUGGGAGAAGCGCAAUCUAAGGUCAAGGCAUUGAAGUUGUCAGAGCGCCUCCGUGAAAAAGCUGUUGAAGAGGUUCCGUUGUCUCCUAUUUCCUUUUAUAAUAACGUUUCAUAAUUUUUAACCGAUAUCUAUGCUGUAAAUGGUUAGGUUAUGGUUGUACAAUGUUGUGUAUGGAAGUGGGAAAUUCAGUGUUGAUCGAAAGGUUAAUGGGACGCGCAGACGUAUGGAAUUCUUUUAUUGUAAAAUAAAAAUAUUGAUUUUUGGCA